AUGGCUUUCGGCAAUAUCCAAGAACCCAAUGUCGGAAUCUUGGAGAAUGUGUGGGCCAAUUUCAUUGGAAAACCCAAAAACGAGAAAAGAUCGAUACCAGUUCCCGGAUCUUGGGAAGGAAUGCCUUGUCUUGACGGAAGAGAAGAUUCUACAGAGAAUCUCAAACGGAUUCCAAGCUUAGAGGGAUGGCUGUCCAUGGGGGAUGAUGAAUGGGAAGAAAUCUUCAAUGGAAUUAGUUCAUUCCCAAGUAGUAUAACCGAAAAACCCUUGUCGGAAACCAAGUUGACAGGUUCUUCCACUUCAUCGGCUAGAGUUUCUUGCCCGACGACAAGGCAGUACAGGGGAGUAAGGAGGCGUCCAUGGGGAAAAUACGCAGCAGAAAUAAGGGACUCGACGAGGAACGGGGUGAGGGUCUGGCUCGGGACAUUCGACACAGCAGAAGCAGCAGCUAUGGCCUAUGAUAAAGCCGCUGUUAGAAUCAGAGGGCUUCACAAGGCUCAUACGAAUUUCCCGCUCGACAAGAUCAUAAAGGCUAUGGAGGAAACGGGUUGUGCCUCUAGCUAUAAUGGAUUGCUGGGAAACAUGGAGAUUGGAUCGGAUACAACAAAAGAAGCAAUUACAGAUGAUAGAGAGUAUCAAGAUUAUCCUUCUCUAAUGAAUUUUCCAACUGAAAUGGAUAUAAAUGUUAUGGAGAUCGGUAACAAACCCAAUAAUUGUUGUCCCCCUUCUGCGCAGUCCAUAAGUAGGGCAAGUGGAUACAAUAUCACAACAGAAGAAGCUGUUUCGGGUUAUGAUGAACCCGCUUUUCGAAUCAGAAGAUCGGGAACGGCUCAUAUGAAUCUCGCAGAUGAGUCGACGGUAGAAAAUACUACAGAGAUCGGGUUUCCUCCAAGUUGUUAUUAUGAUUCUGUUAAAGAUUCGGAUAUAUACGGAUUUCUUGGGAGCCAAGAAACUGGAUUUGAUUCGAGAAAGAGAAAUAGAUGGAGCGAUGGAUCAGGUUUGAUUCAGGAAGAUGCUGAGUUUCAAGAACCGGAGUUAAAGAAGAUUGUCGGAAGGGGGUUUGAUGUGUUUGAGUUCGAAGACUUGGGAAGUGAGUAUCUAGAGAAUUUGCUGUCCACAUUUUGACAGAGUUAACCCAAAACAAAAUUACAAAAUAUCCAUUUUGAAUGAAAAUACAUUGUUUCU